CGGCCGCCCCCUCCCCGCAGCUGCUGCUGGAAGCUCACCUGCACCAGGUGCGCUCGCAGGGGCUGGACCCCCAGGCCCCGCCGCCGCUGCCCCCCGACUCCAUGGAGGUGCUGCCCCCUCCCCAGGAGAUCCAGGACUUCUUGGAGCCCCCCCUGGGCUUGGAACCGCACCUGGGGCAGAGCGCGGGGGUGCAGGGGCCGCCCGGGCACCUGCUGGACCCCGAGGGGGGGGUCCCGGCCGUGCCCCCCGAGGCCAAGGACCAGUUUUCGGAAGGGGGGAGCCCCGCGGGGGGCAAGGGCCGCUUCGUGCCCCUCACGUCCAUCUGCUUCCCGGACGCUCUGCUGCAGGACGAGGACCGCGGCUUCUUCCCCGGCAUGGAGGACAUGUUCGGACCCCCGCCCGAGGAUUUCCCCAAGCCCGCCGAGGAGGAGGAGGAGGAAGGCAGCGCCAACACCGCCGGGCUGGAGGGGCGGCCCGAGGGCAUGAAAGCUCCCCCUCCGUACGACAUGGGGCAGAGCUACCCCGCGUUCUGCCCGCAGGACGGGGCCGCUGCCGGGGACCCCCCCCAGCUGGGGCUGGAGCCCCCCAAACACGAGUUGCCCUCCACGGUGAACGCCGAGCCGCUGGGCUUGAUCCAGAGCACGGGCGACGGGGGUCCCAAGCCCCCUCCUCCGCCCCUCAGCACGCCGUUGUUCUGCUCCUCCAAACCCAAAAAGCUGCUGAAAACUUCCUCCUUCCACCUGCUGCGCAAGCGGGACCCCUUCCCGCCCCCCAAAAAGACCUACGCGCAGGAGUACGAGUUCGAGGAUGACGAGGACAAGGCCGACGUGCCCGCCGACAUCCGCCUGAACUCGCGGCGGCUCCCGGACCUGCUGCCCGACCUCAUCUCCAGCUGCCGCCGCCCGCCGCUCACGCCCAUGGGCGACAUCGACUUCUGUCCCCACCCCGGCGCCCACCCCGCGCCCAAGAAGCGCGGCCGCAAACCCACCAAGCCCAAGCGGGAGGGGCCGCCCCGGCCCCGGGGCAGGCCGAGGAUCCGGCCCCUGGAGCCGCCCGGCUUCCCCGAGGGAGCCAAGAGGCCGCGGGGCCGCGGCCGGGGCCGGGGCAAGAGGGCCGGGGAGGACGGAGAGGGCGCGGAGCCGCUGCGGCCGCUCAAGAUCAAGCUGGCCGUGUCUGUUAGGGCUCAGGGAUGGAUCAAGGUGUCCCAGUACAACCCAAUCAAGCUGGCCGUGUCUGUGGGGGAGGUCAAUGUCUCCCAGUACAACCCAAUCAAGCUGGCUGUGUCUGUUAGGGCUCAGGGAUGGGUCAAUGUCUCCCAGUACAACCCAGGGGUCAUAGAGAGCGUGCAGGGGCUUUUAGGGAGCUGCCAGGACCUGCAGAGCAGCAUCAGCUCGGCCAUCUCGGCGCUGGACGAGCCCCCCGAGCGCAGGGAGCCCCCCGAGCUGCAAGAUAGCUGCCAGGACCUGCAGAAGAGCAUCAGCUCCACCCUGGACGAGCCCCCCGAGCGCAGGGAGCCCCCCGAGCCGCAAG